AUGAAAUGGGUCAUCAAAUUGUCUUUGGCGGCUGUUGAUAAGUCUUCAUUAUCAUGAGUUAAUAAUUAGUAAAUAAUAUAGUUUUAGCCUUAACUCAUGAUAAAUAGACUUAUAUUUGUGUUAAAGCAUGAAAAGUGGUUUUCAGUUGAUUAACGUGAAUUUUUGGGUAAUUAUGUGAUUUUAUACGAUUUUUACAGUCUUAGUUUUGAGAUAAAACGAAGAACAAGAAAUAAAAAUAAAAAUAUUGCAAAAUGGGGGGAUCCGCCGGCCAGCCGGGCCCGCAAGCGGGUCGGAAGCGCAGUCGGGGAGUAACCGCGAGUAGGGGCUGGAGCGGCUUGCUUGGAUCGACAGGGGCACGUGUGCGCCACUCCCCUUCCACGUCACCAGUGGUCAGCCGGUUGUGGGGCAAGGAGUGGUCGUACACGCGAGAGGACUUUGCCUACAAAGCUAACUUUACUAUAUAAUCGCCCAAAUAAUCCGCGCACAACCGAUGUGGGACUAAAUCCACCUUCUUCAAGGGCGGGCGACCGCCGCGGGUUCGAAUCCUCCCAGAGUCAAAAUUCAUAUAUUUUUAAUUGAUUAUCGCGACUUUCCUACAGAUCGCCGGUGAAGGAUUAAGCAACUGGAAUCGCUGGAUCAUCGGCGAAAAUCUCGUCAACGCGAUUCGCGGAGCAUUGCUACUAAAAUUUCUGAACGAUUCGCGAUAAAAGGAUCGUAAUCCAUCGAGUAAAUCAUCUCCGAUUGAUCGACGAACAAGCCGUCGUCGGGAAGAGGACGAUCCGCCGGGAGACCAGUCGCCACCUCCUGAGAGCGUACCAGAUGCGAUGAAGAGCCUCCUCUUGCUGCGCGGACCUGAGGAUGAAGCUCCCUAACACGCGCCUCACCUCCAUCCAGCCCCUCUCCGUCGAGUGACAGCCGCCGGAGAGCCGCAAAGUCGCCGUUUUUCCGCUCCGCCAGGUGACAGCCGCCGGAGACGAUUCGACGACCCACUUCAUUGGUCUCUAGACUUCGCGAGAAGAUCUAGAGAUUGCCCACGUCGACUUAAAUCAUUGCUAGUCCCUUAGCAAUGGAAUUACGAAAAUAAAAAUUUACAAAUCUCAAAGAUCAUAUUCAAUACAGAAAAGAAAUACAAUUAGAAAUGAUGCACCUUAAAACACUUUGGAUUCUUAUAUCAAGUAUUUAAGAAUGAUGUCAAGCACUUAAAUGUUUAAACACUCCUUGGAAUAACAAUCUAGACUUCACUUCUUCUAUUCACAUCUUUAUCACUUCUUCACUCAUAGAUGUAUUUACAAGAUGUUCCAAUUAUCAAUACUCAUCCAAGAAUAAUAUUGAUCUUACAUUUCCCUUUUUCUAUGACUUGAUUUUUUGAAUUUUGCACUAUAUUUCUUCCUUCUUUUUUUUUUUAUAUAUAUAUAGUGGAUAAGUAGCUUUUCCUGUAGACAAAUUUCGACAAUAAGAAUGAUGUCUCACACCCUCCAUGUGUACUCUUCAUUUUCAGGGCUUUCACUUUAUCCACUUAUUUUUCAGCAAGUGUUUUUCUAUGCACGAUUUUCGACAAUGAGAAUGAUGUCUCACACCCUCCAUGUGUACUCUUCGUUUCUAGAUUUUUCACAUUACUCUCUCUUUUUUUUUUUUGAAAUAAGUGAUUUCUCCUCACAAGUCCUAUAGAUCAGGGUGCAAAAAUCUCCAUUAAACUCAAAUGAUCAAUCAAAUUUUCACAUCAAGUAAAUAUUAUCCAUCAAGAUCAUGAAGUGAAAAUCUGUAAAAUCAAAUCCAUGUUAUCUAUCAUGUAUCCAAGGAGUAUUCCAACAUUUCAUGCUACUAGAUCAUUCUUUUGACUCAAUAAUAAUCUUCCUAGUAUCUUUUGGUAUCAAUCAAUCUAAUUGAUUUAAUUUUUCAUGCAUGCAAUAUGAUGUAAGGAAUUUGUAAAUUAGAUAGUUCUGACAGUUCUGUUUUCUGUUUUCAGUUCUAUUUUAGCAGCAAUAAAUUUGUCAAAAAUAAAUCAAAACUAUCUUCUUUAUAGCUGUAAUUUCGAAUUUCAGUAAUAUAUAUCUAGGGGAUUGAAAUGUGAGAAAAGGGUCUUCUAGAAUUUCAAAUUUCGGGCUGUUUUUUGUCUGCUGUUUUUGACAGUCUGUUGUUUCUGACAGAAAACCAGAAAAUAGAUGUUGCAAUUUUUCCGAGUUUUAUUUUAUUUUUAUUUUUUUAGUUGCUGUUCUAAGUUGAAUAAAAUGCAAACACAUGUUCUUAAUCGUCCUACAGCAUAAAUUAAUAAUGAAUACUUCACCCCCCAACUUAAAAAUGACAUUGUCCUCAAUGACACAGAAAACUCGAAACAGAAUAUGUAGAAAAUAUAAUUUUCAAGUGAAGCAUGCAUAUCUGCAAAGUUAAGCAUUAAAAAUAUUUUCAUAAAUGAUGAAGCUCAGAAAGACAUCACCUCAACCUCGUUUUUAAUUUUCCACUUCAUCUUACACUCCUGCACUUUUUCGAAAGAAAAACAAAUACAGAAACAAGUACUGCGAAAUUCUAAGAAAAACAGAGCUUAAAAAAAAAUCAAACAGAAUGAAAUAAAAACCAUGGGUUGCCUCCCAUGCAGCGCUGAAUUUAAUGUCUCCAGCUGGACUCCUUGAUCUUACUCUUGAAUUUCUUUUAAUAAUAAAAUUUCUUUUUCUGCAAGGCAUUCAUGUUCUAUGUAAUGUUUAAGCCGCUGUCCAUUUACCUUAAAGUUAUGAUCACUUUUAGGAUCUUUAAUCAUUACAGCCCCAUGAUCAUAUGUCUCUUCCACCACAUAAGGCCCUUUCCAUUUUGAUUUUAAUUUUCCUGGGAAUAAUUUCAGCCUAGAAUCAUAUAACCACACUUUUUGUCCAACAUCAAAUUUUUUUCUGCUAAUGUAUUUAUCAUGAAAAGUUUUAGUUUUUUCUUUAUAUAUUCUAUGAUUUUCAUAAGCUUCAUUCCUCAACUCCUCUAGUUCAUGUAACUGAAAAAUUCUAUGCCCACCAGCUGAUUUUUCAUCCAUACAUAAAUUUUUUAUAGCCCAUAAUGCUUUAUGCUCUAUUUCCACAGGAAGAUGACAUGGCUUUCCAAAAAUGAGACGAAAUGGGGACAUACCUAUGGGAUUUUUAUAAGCUGUUCUAUAAGCCCAUAAUGCAUCUUGUAAUUUCGUGGGCCAAUCUUUCCUAUCUGGUCUAACUAUUUUUCUCAAAAUUCUCUGAAUUUCCCUAUUUGCUACUUCAGCUUGCCCAUUUGUUUGGGGAUGAUAUGGAGUGGCUACUCUAUGGUGUACUCCAUUCUUUUUCAACAGUUCUCUGAAAUUUUUAUUUGUAAAAUGUGUUCCUCCAUCACUAAUAAUCACUCUAGGACAUCCAAAUCUCGAAAAAAUAUUUUCCUGCACAAAUUUCAUCACGAUUUUAUGAUCAUUAGUUCUAGUAGGAAUAGCUUCCACCCACUUCGACACAUAAUCAACAGCAAGCAAAAUAUAUUCAUAUUUUUCAGCUGAUGGGAAGGGACCCAUGAAAUCUAUUCCCCAUACAUCAAAAAUUUCGACUACUAACAUAUUACUCAUGGGCAUUUCAUCUUUUUUACUCAUGUUACUUAUAGAUUGGCAUGAAAUACAUGUUCUACUAAAUUCUAUAGAAUCUCUAAUGAUUGUAGGCCAAUAAAAACCACACUGGAAAAUUUUUGCAGCUGUUUUUCGUCCAGAGAAAUGUCCUCCACAGUUAGAUGAAUGACACAUGUUAAUAAUGCUAUGAUAUUCUUCUUCAGGAACACAUCUCCUUAAAAUUUGAUCAUUGCCCAAGUAAUAUAAAUCAGGAUCAUGCCAAAAAUAAUUUCUAAUCUUAGAAAAGAAAUGAUUUUUUCUGUUCUUAUCCCACUGUUCUGGAGUUUUUCCAGAAACCAGAAAAUUAACAAUAUGUGCAUACCAUGGUGAUGGUUGAUGUUGAGCUGCCAUCAAUUGUUCAUCUGGAAAUGCGUCUUGUAAAGGUGCUGCAUUUAUUCCUGUAUCACUUAAUCUAGAAAGAUGGUCAGCAACAACAUUCUCGAAACCCUUUUUAUCUUUUAUUUCUAAGUCAAAUUCUUGCAACAAUAAAAUCCAUCUUAAUAAACGUGGCUUUGCAUCUUUCUUAUUUAACAGAUAUUUUAAUGCUGCAUGAUCAGUAUAAAUAAUAAUUUUAGCUCCCAAAAUAUAUGAUCUAAACCUUUCUAACGAAAAUACUACAGCUAAAAAUUCUUUUUCAGUCGUGGUAUAAUUUAAUUGAGCAUCAGAUAUAGUUUUACUAGCAUAUGAAAUUACUAUGGGUUUUGACUCUUUGUUUGUCCUAGAACGGCCCCCACUGCAUAAUUCGAUGCAUCACACAUUAUUUCAAAUGGAAGGGACCAAUCAGGAGCUUGUAAAAUGGGUGCCUCAGUAAGUAAUCUUUUUAUUUCGGAAAAAGACUCAAAACAUUUCUCAUCAAAAUUAAAAGGCACAUCUUUAGAUAAUAGCAUGGUGAGAGGUUUAGAAAUUUUUGAAAAAUCUUGAAUAAAUUUUCUGUAAUAACCUGCAUGACCCAAGAAAGAUCUAAUCUGUUUUACUGAAUUCGGAGGUUUCAUUUUAGAUAUAAUAUCGAUUUUUGCUCUAUCCACCUCUAAACCCUUUUCACUCACAAUAUGACCCAACACAACUCCCUCUUUAACCAUAAAAUGUGAUUUCUCCCAACUCAAAACUAAUUUUUUCUCUAUGCAUUUCUCAAGUACAUGCUGUAAAUGAUUUAAGAAUUCAUCAAAUGAUUCACCAAAAACAGAAAAAUCGUCCAUAAAAAUUUCCAUGCAUUUUCCAAUCAUAUCAGAAAAAAUAGACAGCAUACAUCUUUGAAAUGUGGCUGGAGCAUUACACAGACCAAAAGGCAUGCGUUUAAAAGCAAAAGUACCAAAUGGACAAGUGAAAGUUGUUUUUUCUUGAUCUAAAGGGUUUAUAUAAAUUUGAUUAUAACCAGAGUAUCCAUCCAAAAAACAAAAAAAGUUUUUUCCAGCUAAUUUUUCUAAAAUUUGAUCAGUAAAUGGAAGGGGAAAAUGAUCUUUUCUAGUAACUGAAUUUAAUUUUCUAUAAUCAAUGCAAACUCUCCAACCGGUAGUUAGUCUUGUUUGUAUUUCCUCCCCAUUUUCGUUUUUUAUAACCGUGAUCCCUGAUUUUUUUGACACUACUUGUGUAGGACUAACCCAUUUGCUAUCUGAAAUAGGGUAAAUAAUAUCAGCAGCCAGCCACUUUAAAAUUUCUUUUUUUACAAUUUCCAUCAUGUUAGGAUUUAAUCUUCGUUGUGGUUUCCUACUAGUUCUAGCCCCCUCCUCUAGAUAUAUACUAUGCAUGCAUACUCUCAUAUCAAUGCCCCUUAGAUCGUCCAUUUUCCAGCCCAUAGCCUUCUUAUUUUUUCGAAGUACAUCUAAUAAUUCUUCUUCUUGUUCAUUACUCAAAUCAGCUGCAAUAAUAACAGGAAAUGAAUUAUUUUCCUCCAAAAACAUAUAUUUUAAACUAGAGGGGAGAGGUUUCAACUCUAAAUUCAGAUGAUCUUCCUCUUUCUUUUCUUCUAAAUUUAUAUUCUCUAUUUCCUCUAAUUCUUCCAGAACACAGUCAUCAAUAACGUCUGGAUCAUCAAGAUCAUCUAGAAGAUCUAUGGUAUGACAAUCAUAUACUUGGGAUUUCUUAAGAUCAUUUGAUACCUCAAAAAUUUUAAUUUCUACUGAUUGAUCUCCACCUGAAAUUUUCGCAAUACCUGUGGGAAAAUCAAUAUUCAUCUUUGCUGUAUGCAAAAAUGGUCUCCCUAGGAUGAUUGGUGUAUCAUAAAACUGUCCAUUAAAAUCCAUUUCUAGCACUACAAAAUCAGCUGGAAAUUUACACCCUUUAACUGUCACUAUCACAUUUUCUAAGAUACCUUUAGGAUGUUUUAUGGAUCUAUCAGCAAAUUGUAAGGUAACAGUAGAAGGUUUAAGAUCAGAAAUAUUAAAUUUAUCACAAAUACUUGCAGGUAAUAAAUUAAUACUAGCACCGGUGUCAAGUAAUGCAUUCUGAAAAAUGAAUCCACCAAUAUCACACGAAAUUAAAGGAGCACCUGUAUCUCUCAAUUUAAAUGGUAAUUGAUUUAAUAAUAACGCACUAGCAUGCAUAGAUAAUUUUUCUACUCUAGGUGCCCUUUUUGGUGUACACAUUUCUUUCAAAACUCUAGCAUAUUCAAGAAUAUGUUCAAUGGCAGUGAGUAAAGGAAGACUAAUUUGCACAUCUUGUAAAAUUUUCUUUAUUUCUUCAUUGUGUUCCUUUUUCUUUCUUUGUCUAGGCUCUAGAGCUUUAGGAAAUGGAAUGGUUGUCCUCUCUUUCGAAAUUUCUUUGGUAGAAUCUAUAAAAUCCUCUUCUACUCCUAUUUGAUUUUGUUUUGGGUUGUCCACAUUUUCUUUUUCUUCUAAUGUUUGGGGAUAAGGAUCAGGUAAGAUCUUACCACUCCUUAAUGCAUUCACUGUCCUAACAUUUUCAUUUCGUGGGUUUUUUCCUAGAUUCAUGCUACUAGACUCCCCUUGCUGAAAUCCUAUUGUUGGGCGGUUCCCUGGAUUUUCUAUGGGCUGACUAGGUAGCUGUCCCUCUUCUCUCUUAUUCCCAAGAGCCUCUAUAAUUUGUUUCUGGUGCAGCAUCAUUUGGUUCAUAGUUUGUUGCAUCAUUUGGCUCAUUUGCUGCAUCAUUUCCAUAGCAUCAGGUUGGAUUUGAGAGGACUGAUUUUUCUGAAAUCUGUUUUCUUGUUUUGGACGAAAUUCAGAGUUUGAAUUGGGUCUAAGUGCUUCUGGAUUUUGAAUAUUAUUUUGGUCUCUCCAUGAAAAACUAUUCCUCCAAUUAGGAUUAUAAGAAUUUGAAAAAGGUUCCCUGUUUCUAUUAAAACCGUGAGCUACUUGCACUUGUUCUUGCAUAGGGUGAAAUGAUUGAUCUAAAUUAUAACAUUGAAAUUCAGAAUAAUCGUUUUCACCAUACAUAGGACAUGUACUAUUCGAAUUAAGUUGAGGGUUAAAAGGCUUUCUAAUAUUGUCAAUAAGUAAAUCAAUUUUUUCUAAUCUUUGAUUAAUCUGAUUAACCUCAUUUCUAAGUUUAGAAUCAUCAUCAUGAUGCAAUUCAUAAAUUCCUCUCUUCUUAUCCCUGUCAUAUAAUUCAAAAGAGGCUUGAUCUCUAGAAUUUUCACUUAAAUUCUCAUAAAGACUGUAAAUCUCAUCAGGAGUUUUCUCCAUAAAAGCUCCUCCACAUAUAGAAUCAACCAUAUUUCUAUGUUGUUCUAAUAAUCCAUCAUAAAAAAUUCUAUUGAGCUGCCACUUGGGUAUAGCAUGAUGAGGACACUUUCUAAGUAAAUCUUUGAAUUUUUCCCAUGUCUCAUGCAAAGUUUCUCCUGGUCUUUGAGAAAAACUCCAUAUAUGUUUUCUCAUAUUUUGAGUUUUUCCUAAGGGAUAAAAUUUUCGAAGAAAGGCCUGUUCUAUAUCUUUCCAGCUAGUUAAUUCUCUAUCUAAUGUGGAUAGCCAAUGACUAGCUUUGUCCCUAAGUGUAUGAGGGAAUAAUUUCAUCUUAAUAAUUUCCGGUGUAACUUGAGGGAGAUUAACUAAAUCAUAGACCAUAUGAAAUUUUUCUAAGUGCUGAUGAGGUUCCUCUAAAGGCAAUCCAUGAAAAUUAGGGAGCAUUUGAAAAAUUCUUGGAUUUAUUUCGAAUUUAAUAGUGGGUGCUAAUGGGACUCUAAUAUUAGAUGCUCUUUGAAAUGAAUCAGGGAUAUAAUGAUUUUUCAUGGCCAUAGGAUUGUUCUCAGUUUGACCUGUACUUCCUUCAGGAUCCAUCAAAAUUAAUUUUUCUUUCGGAUUUUUAUUUUUGAAUGAAAUAAUGAAAGGAUUUUCUAGCCUUGGAUGCAAGGAUCUUCUACCAUGCAUAAAAAUCAAUAAAUUCCAGGGAAAAAGUUAGUAACUGUUACCCUCCUUCAGGAUGCUCCAGUCCUUGCCGUGCUUCUUUUCAUUCCCUUUUUCUAAUAAAAAUCGGCAAAAAGAAAAUAAAACAAGAGUAAAGUUUUUUUUGUGUACUCUAAGAGAAAAACAGAAAAAUACUAAAUAUUAUGCAAUACAUCCCCGGCAACGGCGCCAAAAUUUGCGUGAUUUAACAUACAACGACUGAGUCACGUUAGCUGUCACUUGACAUAGCAGAAAAAUGGUGACUUUACAGCUCUUCGACAGUUAUCACUUAACAGAGAAGAGCUGGAUGGAGGUAGGGCGUGUGUCAAGGAGCUUCAUCCUCAAGUUUGCACAGCAAGAGGAGGCUCCUCAUCGCAUUCAGAACACUCUCAAAAGAUGACGACUCAUCUCCUGAUGGAUCGUCCUCUUCCCAAUGACAGCUUGUUCAUCAAUCAAUUGGAGAUGCUUUACUCGAUGGAUUUUUGAUCCUUUUAUCAUGAAUCAUUCAAUAAUUUUAGUAAUAAUGCUCCAUGAAUCACGUUGACGAGAGUUUUGUCAAUGAUCCAGCGAUUCUAGUGACUUAAUCCUUCAUUGACGUUCUACAAGAAAGUCACGAUAAUUAGAUAAAAAAUAUGAGUUUUGGCUCUAGGAGGAUUCAAAUUGGUGCUAGUUGCUUACCUACAUGAGAGAGAUUAACAUAAGUACUCUAAUGUCCUUAUCAAAUGACGUCAUCAUGGUAUAUUGCUGUUAUAAAUAAGGGGUAUUGUAGGUAUUAAAAUUAUCAAAGCCUUUCUAGGGAAAGUGUGACAUAGGUUUAGUUCCACAUCGCUUAUGCGCCAAAGUUUUGUGCGAAUAUAUAGUAAUAUUACAUUUGCAAGCAAGUCCUUUUUUCUCGUGUGUAUGACCACUCCUUGCCCCAUAGCCGGUUGGCCACUAGUGACAUGGAAGGGGAGUGGCGCACAUGUGCCCCCAUUCGUCUUAGUCGCUCAAGCCCCUGCUCGCAACUCCUCCCUAAUUAUGCUUCCGACCCACUUGUAGGCCCAGCUGGCUGGUGAGUGCCCCCCAUUUUGUUAUAUUUUUAUUUUUAUUUUUAUUUCUUUUUGUUCAUUUAUUUGACACUUUAACAUAAAUAUAAGUUUAUUUAUGAUGAGUUAAGGCUAAAACUAUAUUAUUUACUAAUUAUUAACUCAUGAUAAUGAAGACUAAUUAAUGACAAAAGUAAAUGAUGAAAAUAAGAAAUAAAUCAUUGCCAAAGUUUAGUCUACCUCUUGGGCAACUAGAGAUACUAGUGUGGUGGCUUAGUUUUGUUUGAAUGUGCCACACCAUGUCGAAAGUCACAGAAGUAUUGUCUGAAAAUGUUGCACCAUUUGCCGGAGAGAUCUAUUGAAAGAGGGGCCGACCAUACUAUCACUAUCGUCUAGGGGGAGAAGGGAAGAGCUGACCACUCGCUGGAGGCCUAGAGUGUAGUUGAGGGAGGAAGGAAGAAGCUUGCCGACUGCUAGAGAUGUUGAUCGCGCAAAAGAUGGGAAGAACGAAUUGUUGUAUUCGUGACUACUAUUAGCAUUUUAAAGAUAAUUAAUAAUAUCUAUUUUACUAGAUAAUAAUUGAUUAUUAUCUUUAUAUCCUUGAUGGUGAUAUGUGUGAGAACUUAAGUUCCUAGUAUUGUGACGCUUCAUAAGCCAUUAGAUGAGAUAUGCUUGGUCAUGUGGCACAUUGAGUGAUGCACCAAUUAGAAACUUAGGUUCUUGGUUUCAUGGCACCACCUUAGGCGUUGGAUCAUCCUUUAAAGCCAUGUGUGUGUUGAGUGGUGUUGGAUUCAUGAACUACGAAUGGAUCACUUUAUGCAUCUGGUAUUGUGGCGAUAUGCUAGUCACAAGAUCUGGCUAAUUUGAUGAUGUGACUCACUAUGUACCACUAGACUACAUUGUGUCCACAUGACUGUGCUGAAACAGACGAAAAUAUUUAGUCCCACAUUGAAAGUUUGCCAUCAUUUAAGCUGAAUAUAAAUCAAAGUUUUUCUCUCUCAAUAGAGGUCCCUUCUCCUAAAAUAAAAUAAUGCCCAAGACCAUCUUGGGAGAAGGCAAUAAGGUGGUCCGCCCUCGUGUGUGUAGGUGUGUAUAGUUGCUCCUUGCCCCACGACCAGUUGGCCACCAAGAUGUGGAAGGGGAGCAACAUACACGUGCAUGAAGUAAGGCCUUCAUCACUUGAGCCCAACUUGUGUCUCCCUUGGUCUAGGUCUACCCACUUGACCGAUGUCCCUCUUUUUGGUCAACUACUGAGUGCCAGCUUGCUAGUGGGGGAAUAAUUUUUAAUAUUUUAUUAUUUUCAUUUUAAUAAUAAAAACUUACUCUAAGUAUUCUAACUUCAAACUUUUAAAAUUAACAAUAUCUCUUAUAUUUAUGCUGCAAAUUAAAAAAAUAAUCAAAUAAGAAAACUAAUUAAAAUACAUAAUCUAGUUUUAACAAUCUACAUAUAGGAAAAACUUCUUUGAGUACGCCACAUAAUGGCCAGAACAUUAGGAAAUAAUUUGAAAAUAAGUGAUAUCCAAAAACCAUCUCUCAUUAAAGGAUUAAAUUACUCAUUUUGGAAACAAAUGAUAGAAAUCUUUGUUCAUGCCUUAGAUUAUCAAAUAUAGGAGGUUUUAUUGGGUUAUCCUUCAUAAGUUAAUUAUGCUUUAGGUGAUCAACAAAGGAAAACUCUCUACCUAAAUGUAAGAAAAAAAAUGUAUUAAUUUGCAAAUUAGAUCCACCGAAAUUUGUUAGGACAUUAAGUCAAACCAAAAAAUUUAGGAUAGAUUGCAAGUUAUUUAAAAAAGGUACAGCCCAAGUUAGAGCAAUUAAGAUUUAUGAAAUGAUGUAUAUGUACCAUUUUUUUCACUAUGCAUGAAAAUGGGGCUAGUUAUGAGAUGUUUCAUAGAUUUAUUGAUACUCGAAUCCACUAAAAUAGAUGUAUAUAAAUUUUUUGAUGUCCUUGACCUUUGUGGGGAUUAAAAGUUAUAAUUAUUGAGGAAACAAAGGAUAUCAAAAAUAAUUUCUUGAUGAUUUAUCUAGAUCAUUAUUGACAACCAAGAUGGGACUAGGAUAAGCUUUAGAAAAUAUAUGAAAACGCAGGAAAAAAAUAGUUUUCAAGAAAUCGACACAAAUAGAUGAUGAAGAGUAUGUUUCAAAGAAUGAAGAAGCCAUAAGAAAUAACCCAAAUGACUAGAAGAUUGAAACAAUAAUUUUUUAGGGGAGGGAAUGAAAAACUUACUAGAAAGCUUCAAAAUUUCCUAUUACUAACAUUGAUAAAUUGAAGAAUAAGCUGGCCUAGUUUGAUUGUAGGAAACUAGGUCAUUUAAAGGCUUAUCUUCUUAAGCUCAAAUUCGACCAAAAGAAAAAUAAAAUAAUGAUGAAGAUAAUUGAUAAGUUUUCAUUAUCAUGAGUUAAUAAUUAGUAAAUAAUAUAGUUUUAGCCUUAACUCAUGAUAAAUAGACUUAUAUUUUUGUUAAAGUAUGAAAAGUAGUUUUCAGUUGAUUAAUAUGAAUUUUUAGGUAGUUAUGUGAUUUUACAUAAAUUUGUAUGAUUUUUACAGUUUUGCUUUUGAGAUAAAUGAAGAAAAAGAAAUAAAAAAUAAAAAUAAGACAAAAUGAGGGGGACCUACCAGCCAAACGGGCCCGCAAGUGAGUUGGAAGCUCAGUUGAGGAGUAGCGGUGACCAAGGGCUUGAGCGGUUUGGACCGAUAGGGGCAUGUGUGUGCCACUCCCCUUCCAUGUCACUGGUGGCCAGCUGGCUGUGGGACAAGGAGUGGUCGUACAUGUGAGAGAAGGGACUUGCUUAGAGGUGUAACAUUAGUAUAUAUUCACCUGAAAAAUCAGUGCAUAAUUAAUGUGGGACUAAACCCACGUCACACCUUCCUCAGAAGGGGCGGGCAACCGGCACGGGUUUGAAUCCUCCUAGAGUCAAAAGUCACAUAUUUUUAUCUAAGUAUCAUGACUUUCUUGCAAAUCACCAGUGAAGGACUAAGCAACGAGAAUCACUAGACCAUCGGUGAAAAUCUCGCCAAUGCAAUUUGCGGAGCAUUGCUACUAAAAUUGUUGAACGAUUCGUGAUAAAAGCAUCCCAAAUCCAUCAAGUAAAUCAUCUUUGAUUGAUCGACGAAUAAGCUGUCGUCAGGAAGAAGAUGAUCCACCUGGAGACAAGUCGCCACCUCUUGAGAGCAUACCAAAUGUGAUGAAGAGCCUCCUCUUGUUGUGCAGACCUGAGGAUUAAGCUCCCUAACACGCGCCCCACCUCUAUCUAGUUCCUCUCCGUCGGGUGACAGCCACCAAAGAGCUACAAAGUCACUAUUUUUUCGCUCCGCCAGGUGAUAGCCGCCGAAGAUGAUUCGACGACCCAUUUCAUUAAUCGCUAGACUUUGCAAGGAGAUCUAGAGAUUGCCCAUGUCAUCUUUGUCCAAGGAGAGCCUUAGAGGCCGUUGACACUACACGAUGAUCUUCCCAAACGCUUAAUAUUUUAGUGCACUGUCGAUGCAUCACCAUCGCGAUACCAGAACUCUAUUUUCCUACUUUCAACUUACUUUACGCUUCAUUUAGUGAUAAUUUUUGUGUUUUUAAUUUAGGAAAAUAUACUUUGUUCAAUUAUGACUCUUCUGACUUUUAUAGAUCUUAAUUUAAUUAAUUAAAUUGUUUGUAAUCACUUACGUAAGAAUCACCAAGCAGAACUCUAUUUCCGCCCAAUUCACAUUCAUUGAGUGCUGACAUCAUCUUGACGUCUACACCCUUAUUUCUGUUUUUCGUGAAUUUUAAAUAUAUUUCCUUUUCAUUUCCUAGUAUAAAAUUCAUAGAAAAUUGUAAAUAAUAUUUGAUUUUUAGCCUUUAACUCAUGAUAAAUAGACUUAUAUUUGUAUUAAAGUGUGAAAAGUUGUUUUUAGUUGAUUAAUGUGAUUUUUUUUGCUAAUUAUGUGAUUUUACAUGAAUUUAUAUGGUUUUUACAGUCUUGUUUUUGAGAUAAAUGAAGAAAAAGAAAUAAAAAAUAUAAAUAAGACAAAAUGUGAGGGAUCCGCCGACCAGAUGAGCCUGCAAGCAAGUCGAAAGCUUAAUCAGGGAGUAGCCACAAGUAGGGGCUCGAGCGACUUGGACUAGUAGGGGCACGUGUGUGUCACUCUCCUUCCACGUCACCGGUGGCCAGCCGGCUGUGGGGCAAGGAGUGGUCGUACAUGCGAGAGAAGGGACUUGCUUAGAGGUAUAACAUUAGUAUAUAUUUGCCUGAAAAAUCAGCGCACAACCGAUGUGAGACAAAACCUACGUCACACCUUCCUCAGAAGAGGUGGGCAACCGGCGUAGGUUUGAAUCCUCCUAGAGUCAAAAGUCACAUAUUUUUAUCUUAGUAUGAUGACUUUCUUGCAAAUCGUUGGUGAAGGAUUAAGCAAUGAGAAUCACUGGAGCAUCAGCGAAAAUCUUGUCAAUGCAAUUUGUGGUGCAUUACUUAUUAAAUUGCUGAACGAUUCGCGAUAAAAGGAUCGCAAAUUUAUUGAGUAAAUCAUCUCCGAUUGAUCGACAAAUAAGCCAUCAUUGGGAAGAAGAUGAUCUGCCGAGAUAUGAGUCCCCACCUCUUGAGAGCAUACCAAAUGCGAUGAAGAGCCUCCUCUUGCUAUGCAAACCUAAGGAUUAAGCUCCUUGACACAUGCCCCACCUCUAUCCAACUCCUCUCCGUCAGGUGACAACCGCUGGAAAGCUGCAAAGUCACCAUUUUUCCGCUCCGCCGAGUGAUAGCCGCCGAAGAUGGUUCGAUGACCCAUUUCAUUAAUCUCUAGACUUUGCAAGGAGAUCUAGAGAUUGCUCAUGUCAUCUUUGUCCAAGGAGAGCCUUAGAGGCCGUGGACACUACACGACGAUCCUCCCAAACACUUAGGAUUCCGGUGCAUUGCCAAUGCAUUGCCGUCGCGAUGCUAGAACUCUAUUUUCCUACUUUCAACUUACUUUAUGCUUCAUUUAGUGAUAAUUUUUAUGUUUUUAAUUUAAGAAAAUAUACUUUGUUCAAUUACGAUUCUUCCAAGUUUUAUAGAUCUUAAUUUAAUUAAUUAAAUCAUCUGUAAUCACUUACGUAAGAAUCACCAAGUGGAACUCUAUUUUCGCCCGAUUUGCAUUCGCUAGGUGCUGACAUCAUCUUGAUGUCCACACCCUUAUUUCUGUUUUUCGUGAAUUUUAAAUAUAUUUCCUUUUCAUUUCCUAGUAUAAAAUUUAUAAAAAAUUGUAAAUAAUAUGUGAUUUUUAGCCUUAACUCAUGAUAAAUAGACUUAUAUUUGUAUUAAAGUGUGAAAAGUUGUUUUUAGUUGAUUAAUGUGAUUUUUUUUCCUAAUUAUGUGAUUUUACAUGAAUUUCUAUGGUUUUUAUAGUCUUGCUUUUGAGAUAAAUGAAGAAAAAGAAAUAAAAAAAAAAAAAAAGACAAAAUGUGAGGGACCUGCCAGCCAGACGGGCCUGCAAGCGGGUUGGAAGCUCAGUCAGGGAGUAGCCACAAGUAGGGGCUCGAGCGGCUUGGACCGGUAGGGGCACAUGUGUGUCACUCCCAUUCCACAUCACUAGUGGCCAGCUGGCUGUGGGGCAAGGAGUGGUCGUACAUGCAAGAGAAGAGACCUACUUAGAGGUGUAACAUUAGUAUAUAUUUGCCUGAAAAAUCAGCGCACAACCGAUGUGGGAUUAAACCCGCAUUACACCUUCCUCAGAAGGGGCGGGCAACCGGCGCAGGUUCGAAUCCUCCCAGAGUCAAAAGUCACAUAUUUUUAUCUAAGUAUGAUGACUUUCUUGCAGAUCGUUGGUGA